UGGUGUAUGUGUGAUGUGAUAAGUGUUAAGUCAAAAAUAUUUCACACAAGUGCAUUUUUGAUAAGGUUUGGAGAAAAAAUCUAACACGCGUUAAACUAAAGAAUUUAAAGAAUACCUUACUACUAACUACUAUACUACUAAUACCUGUGAAAAAUCUAAUCAAGAGAACCAUGGCGCAUUAUAAAGGAGCUGCCUCUGAAGCUGGCAGAGCCAUGCAUCUGAUGAAAAAAAGAGAAAAAGCACAGCAAGAAAUAGAAUUACGCAAAAAGAAGAUAGAAGAAGAUCUUAAAAUCGACAAUAUUGAGAACAAGUUUGCCACACACUAUGACGCCGUUGAGCAGCAGCUAAAAAGUUCAACUAUUGGUCUUGUUACUCUUGAUGAAAUGAAAGCAAAACAAGAACAUAUAGUUAGGGAAAGAGAAAAAAAAUUGGCCCAAAAAAAGGCUGAGAAAGAGAAGGAAAGGCAAAAGGAAAUUGAAGCAAAACAGGCUCAAAAGAAUAAACAAAAGAGGCAGAUUCAAGCACUCUCAUUUAAUAUGAAUGAGGAAGAAGAAGAGGAUGAUGCAGAAACUGAAGAAGAGAAACCAGAAAAGAGUUGGAAAGAAAAAGAGGAGCCAAUACUAAAAAAGAUAAAAAAGAACCCUGAUGUGGAUACAUCGUUUCUACCAGACAGAGAAAGAGAAGAAGCGGAUUUGAAAUUAAGGGAAGAACUCAGAUUGGAAUGGGUAAUGACACAGGCCAGUCUCAAAGAUGAACCAAUCACAGUUACAUUCAGCUAUUGGGAUGGAUCUGGCCAUAGAAGAAAUGUUACACUUAAAAAAGGUAAUUCCAUAUACCAAUUCCUACAACGGUGCUUAGACGCUCUGAGGCCAGAGUUUAGUGAAUUGAAGACAAUCUCUGCUGAUCAACUAAUGUAUGUGAAGGAAGAUCUUAUAUUACCACAUCACUACACAUUCUACGACUUCAUUGUUACAAAGGCUAGAGGUAAAAGUGGUCCACUGUUCCAAUUUGAUGCAUCAGAUGAUGUGAGACUUGUCAAUGAUGCCACCCAAGAGAAGCAAGACUCGCAUGCCGGAAAAGUUUUACUAAGAUCUUGGUAUGAGAGAAAUAAGCACAUUUUUCCAGCAUCGAGAUGGGAGCCAUAUGACCCAACAAAAACUUAUUCGAAAUAUACUAUUAAAGGAAAAUAAUCAAGUGUUUGAAUCAUUAUUAAUAGGGAUUAAUUAUU